AUGGCUGAUAUUAUUCGUCAUCAAUAUCAAAAUGAAGAACUUAUACAUAAAUUACGUUCAAUGUUAAAUGAUUUACCAACAUUACGUACACGAGCAGUGAAAAAAUUAAAACAUUGGCGUGAAGCAGCUAUUAAACGUUUAUUAAUGAAACAAAAACAAUUAGAAAAAACAUUAUUAGAUAAAUUUGAACGUUUAGAAUUUGAUACACAAUUAUUUGUUGAAAAAAUUGAACGUAAAAAGUCGACAACCGGUCCAAGACGAUGGAAUUCUGAACCAUUAGGUUAUGAUAAUACAAAACAAAUUGAACGUAUUAGUAUUAAUUUAAAAUCGAUUAGAGAAGAAUUAGAACAAUCAAAAUUAAUAUUAGCUGAUGGUAUUGAUCCAAAUAGUUUAGAUGUUGGCGAUGAGAUACAAACAACAGCAACAAGUCAACAAUCAACAACAAAGCAAAUUCAACAACAAAAAAAUAGUUCAAUUGUUAAUAAACAUUCGUCAACAACAACUACUCCAUCUUCACAUGAUAUACACGAAUUAGGUUCAGAAUUAAAACGAGUAUUAGACAUAUGUACAAGUCCUCAAUCAGCAUCAUCAUUAUCAACAGAUGAGUAUUCUCCCUUACAAUCAUUAGAUAAUAUUAAUAAUGCCGAAUAUUUAUAUGAUGCAAAUAGUCGACGAACAACAGUAACUCAUGAACCGUUUAUUCAACGAGAUAUUGAAUCUCAUCAACAAAAACAUUUAGUGGAUGGAUCACGUACACCAACAAAUCAUCAUCGUAACUUUCAGACAUUAAUAAACAAUGUCUCACCUCAACCAACAGUCUCAUCUACACAAUCGUCAUCGUCAAACUCAUCAAAUAAUACUGGUUUAAAUGAUAAUAACAGCAAAAAUAAAUUAUUUCAAUCUGAUUCGUUUGAUGAUUCAGUUAGAAGAUUUCAACGUUUAAGAGAAAUAAGAAAAAAUUUACGUAGAAAAUACGAUGAUAAACAACAGAUAAAUGAAAUUUCAUCGAAUACGAUCAAUAAUGAAAAUAUCGAACUACAAUUCAGUGAAAAAAGACGAUCGAUGCCCAAUCCUUCGCCAGAUGAAAGAUGUAAAACUCCGCCAAGCAAUAAUCGUUUAUCACCACUUCCGUCCAUUUAUUUCCACGAUGAUGCACGAACCUUUACAAAAGAUCGAAGAUCUUUAACAUCGGAUCGUUUAAAUGAACCAUUACAUAUGAAUAGUAAUAGUACAAAUAAUAGUAAUAAAUUAGUGACAUCACCCACAUCACAAGCCCGUCAUACAUUAUUAGCACGUGAACCAAUUAAUAUUCCAAUUGAACGUGUACAAUCAAUUCAUCGUACAACAUUAAAUGUUGAUCCAGAUAUUCUUGAAUUGUAUGAUAAAGCAACAACAACAACAACAGGUAUCACCAAUGAUAUGACAUUUGUCAAAUCAAAGAUACCAUCCAGUAUUAAUGAUCAACAUCAACAGUCCGAAAAUCUUGCUCGAAAAAUAAUAUCAUCGGACAAAAAUCAUGAUCGUCGACAACGAUCAAAAACAUUAGCAGGUAAACAAAUUAACACAGAAGAAAUAGAUAAAAAUAAUAAUUAUACUUCAACACAUCAUCAACACCAUCAUUCUCCUCACGGUGAUAUAUCAUUUGAAAAUCAAAUAUAUGGAUGUACUACAAAAGAUGAACAACAACAAUAUCAUAAUUCAAAUCAUACAUCAACUCAAAAACAUCGAUCAGAGUCAACAAAUAAUACUAAAACUACUACAAAUAAUCAACAAAUGGAUACAAAUAAUUUACAAACUCGACGUACAAGUGGUGAGCAAGAUGAAAAUAAAAAAAAAGUACAAAGACGACAUACAGAUAUGGGAGGAGGAGGUGAGAGUAAAACGUUGACUAAACAGUUACUCAGUUCAUGGUAUAUUAUUGAUAAAGAACAUUGGAUAAAUAUGUUAGAAAAUGGUUGGAGACCAACACACGAUCAUCCAGGAGUCAAACAAGUGUCACGAUUUGAUACAGAUGAUACUCGUCACCAUCAUACACAUCACAGUAAUAACCAUCGUCGUACUCCGUCACCUGAUUUUUAUGCAAAAGUAUCACGUUAUGAAUAUACAAAUUUAUUUGAACAAUUAGAAUUUACUUAUCAACGUACAAUAAAUUUAGGUAAUGAAUUUUGGCGAUUUCUUGAAAUAAGUGGUGACAAUCAAUUAUGUUUAUAUCAUCAAUUAAAUAAACAAUUGAUAUUGUAUAAACCAGAUGAAAGUCUUUAUUCUCUAUUGUGGCCUUAUGAUGGUAUUGUUGAUAUAUGUUAUUCAAAAUCAAUGUCAUUUUGGGUUAUAGCUACACAAACUCAAAUAUGUUUAUGUAAUAAAACAUUAACAAAAAUAUUACGAUCAAUUAAUAUUAAUGGUGAUUGGCCAAAACGUAUAACAACAUCAUAUUCAUCAAUUUUUCAUACAUAUAAAAUAGGAUCAAUAACACAAUCAUCAUCUACUCAAUUUUUAUUAGAACGUUAUGAUUAUAAAUUAAAUUGUUUAGCUAAACAUAUUUUAGAAUCAUCAACCAUAUGGGAUAUAUCUACGGAUGAUAAUACACAACAUUUAGCAAUAUUAUGUGAUGUAGCAUUACUCAUAUUUGAUUAUAAUUUAAAUUUACUAAGACAAAUUGAAGUAACAGGAUUUAAAGUAUCCAGAGAUCAUUUUGGUGGAUGGUUAAUUGCUGAUUAUAAUGCAAAUUGUAUAUGGCAAAUAAUGAGAAAUGAAUAUUUAAAACCUAAAAAAAUUUUAAAUGUUGAAAGACCAUGGUCAGUUAUAUUUGAUCGUUUAAAUUGGAGAUUGGUUACAUUGAGUGAAACACAAAAUCGAGCAAAACGUUUACUUUUUUUUAAUAUGAAAAAUAUACCAAAUUCACUGUUAUCGAUGAUGAACACAAAUCAUUUAUCAAUUACUUAA